AUGAACCCUCGAGAACUAUCACCAGUACAUGUACCGCUUCGAACCUCCAGCCGCAACCUCUUACGACCCGAAACAAUGGAGGAACAAAGUAGCAAAAUGUCGGAACGAAGAACCUCCAAGGCACAACGAAUUCUGGGUACCGACCUUCCUAUCCAUAAUCAGGGCCAGUGGGAAAAUCCACAGAAGCAACAAAAGAGCCGCCGGUCGAGUCUGCGAACGCCUGACAGCACCUCAAGACAACAACAACAACAACAACAGCAGAAUACCGGAUUUGUCCCUUUCCCAACAUCCAAAUCAGGAGACAGAAUGGUUCCGCCCCAAAAUCUUCGGGUGCGGGCUUCUUCUCCUCUGCUAGGCCACGAAUAUCUCUCCAAGGACCCGACCCCGCCCCUUCCCAAGCUGUCAAAGAAGGUUCACCAGUCGAACUCUUCGUCUACAUUGUUCUCCUACUUCAGAUCACAAGAGUCGAAAUCGAGACCCGAGAGCCCCAAGGGCUUGCAGCCCAGAAUUCAGAACGAGCUAGGUCUGGAUCCCCAUAUUACCUUUAAGCAAGCUCGAAUUUCCCCGAAGGAAUCGAAGCGGAAGAUACGGCCCCCGCGGAUUGAUCUGUCCAUCCUAUUUCCGAAACCAAGGAACCCAGCUCAGCCCCUGCUGUCCCCUCAACGUAUGACCAACUCUCCAUCCCCGGUCUCGACGGUGGUCUCCGAUUAUCCCAUCCGACUUGACCGGGAGAGCAACAAUAGCAGUAACCCCGCCUCGCGACGGUUUGGUGAUCCGCUGCCCCCUCGUGCUUCUGUGGCUCACCACGAGGUACCCAAGCAGCACGUGGACCGCUCAGACUUGCUAUCAAUUCCUGAAUCAUCGAAAGACGAGUGGUUCGAUCAACCACUGGAGCGCACUGUGGGCACGAGUGAGAUUGAUCUGGCCCUAGAUCGAUAUGCAGGCCGACGGUCACUGUUUAGUCGCUCCAGUAUGUAUACUGCAAGCCGGGAACAGUUGCAGUCGGAUCAGCGCCGGCCGUCGGAAACCAGUACCAACACGAACCGGGGCAAAAGCCCAGCUAGGAACCAGUCCAGGAAUAGAGAAGAGUACCUAACUGCCAAAUCCAAGCCGGAGCCUCAUUCUCAAUCCAAGAAUCCCUCUGCCCAGCCUUGGCGCCAGAAGGACCGGAGUGACUCGCAGGGUGUGAAGAGCGCUCUCACUAAGAAGAGCAGCAAGAGUACCCUGAAGAACAAAGACUUGCAGAACACCAGUGUUCUAUGCCUUUCUUCAUCAGACGAAGAGACCGAGGAGGAACUAGAGACUCCGAUUACGAAGCCUCGCCACAAAUCAUUCUGUGAUAGUGUGACCACUGACGGAGAUGGGGAGUAUGAGGCGGAAAUCUAUACUGCCCAGGCGGCUCAAGCGGCUACCGGCCAAAGGCUGAGGAAGGUUGAUCGCGUACCAUCCACCAACAGUCGUGGCUCUCACCCGAACCCUCGCCAGUCAACGCGUCAGCAUGCGCAGCGACCUUCUAUAUCCUCCACCGGGAAGUCAUCAACUGGCAAGUCGUCCACCAAUACUCGACGGACCAACCAAUCCCGGCGGUCGAGUGGGAUCCCCGCCAUCGCCGAACCAAGUAUCUUGGACCAACUGCCGCAACCGCCAACACGUACGCCUCGGGAAUUGAAGGAGAUGAAUCGCCGAAGCCGAGUGAUUGCGGUGACUCGACAAGAGCAGGACUUGUUGGAGGCGAUGCGCCUACGCAAGGGCAAGGUCACACCCAGCAUGUUCAACUAUGGUACUGAACCCGAUCGGAAUUCAGUGCUGUCAGUCCCUUCGCGGGAUUCAUUCUGUGGAUCCGACACCUCUUUCCUGCGCCUCAGCGCUGCCUUCCCUCCGUUUCCCACACGGUCAGAUCAAGGUGCCUCUCACACGGACAAGGAGGGUUCUUCCUCCCAGAGUUCGAGUUCUGAUAAUGAACAGAAGACUGGUAAUUCCAUCGCCAGCAUGGGCUACUCGGAGUCUCUGCCCUCUCCCGCCACCAGUGCUGCUUCACCGCUCACACCGACGCUCCCUAUCCACCGCUUCUCGCCACUUCCAUCUCCCAAGCCUCAACCCCGUGGGCCCCUACCAGCCAUCCCCGACCAGAAGCAGCAUACCCGGCGUCGUACCGAUAGCAGCGAAGCUAUCAUGCUGAACGGCGGCGAGCCCGGAGAAAAGCAGGAUCUCCCGCUCUGGUCAUUCGAUUUCGAUUGGAAUCACGACCGUCACAAUGUGACUGCGGUGCAUUAA